AUGAUUUCUUCAAGUACAACUAUUGGUAUUGACGGGAAUCCAGUUCAUUCGACUAUAAUGAGUAACUUCAAUGCUCCAACACUACCAGUCCGGAGACCAAGUCGGGGAGGUCGUCCUCGGUUAAGAGGACGACCUCGUGGUAGACCUUCGUCUGCCUCUCCUCUCAACAACGAAGAGAUGCGCACUUUUGAUCGGCCAGCACCUCAUAGGAUCAUUACUUCACGUACAACUUUUGAUAUUGGUGGGAAUUCAUUACAUUCGACUAUAACACCUAACUCGAAUGAUCGGAUUACAACAAAUAACUCUGUUGUACAUUCGUCCAUACCAACUGUGGAUAACGCAAGAAGUUCGUCUUCUAAUGCAUCACAAAUUAUACAUUCUCAAUGUCGUAUUUUGUCGUAUUGGGAUUGUGGUGAUGCAACCCGCACAUGUAUACACUGUCAAGCUAUAUUAUGGUCAGAUGUAACUAUGCUUCGACGGUUGGUUGAAGAACUCCUAUCUAUGCUAGAUAAGAAUAACUCAUUGGUUCAAGCAUUUCGUAUGGCUAAAGAUAGGCUGCAUGAGUCAUCAACACAGUCGGUUAAGAUUCGAUUAAUUGGUAACCGAACCAAAGACGGGAGACAGUAUAAUCUACCAACCGUAUUUGAAGUAGCUGCAUUGAUUCCAGGUGAUGGUAGUCCUAUACAGUGUCGUGAUGUACUUAUUGAGGAUCGUGGUGACGGUACCGUGCGAAGGAUAAGUGAACUGCAUCCAUCUUUUAUGGCGUUGCAGUAUCCGUUACUUUUCCCAUAUGGAGAGGAUGGGUUUCAUUUAAGUAUCCCUUUAUCGAGUAAUUCUACAUCAUACAAAGGAAAGAAUGUUACCUUGAGGGAAUAUUAUUGUUUCCGUUUGCAUUUUCGGUUAAAUAAAGAGUUGCCUUCUCAGGAAAAUGACCCAGUUGCUUUUGAAGCUGUUCGUAGUCACAUGAUGCAUGGUCCAUGUGGCCAGCUUAACACUUUAAGUCCAUGUAUGCACAAUGGAAGUUGUUCUAAAGGGUACCCUAAGGAAUAUUGCGAUGAAACUUUCAUUAGGCGUGAUGGUUGGCCUGUUAUAAAAGGUCUAACGAUGGUUCGAAAGUUAAUUUUGAUUAAGUAUCUUUUUAGUUACAUUAAUAAAGGCCAUGAUCGUGCCACUGCUGUUUUGGAAGGUCCAGACAGAACACGAUCUUUUAUAUCGAUGUUGCACAACGAGAAUGAGAUCGAAGAAUAUAUUAACUGUCGUUACAUUUCUAUAUCAGAAGCAUGUUGGAAAUUGUUGGGCUUUGAGAUGCAGUAUCGCUCGGUUGCAGUAGAAAGACUACCAUUUCAUGAAGAGGAUUGUCAAAGAGUUUACUUUAGAGAAGAUGAUGAUAUUGCAGAAGUUCUGGAUAUGAGGGUAUCUGCAGUGUCUAAGUUUACUGAAUGGAUGAGAGCAAAUCAAUUAUAUCCAGAAGCCCGUUUGUUAACUUAUUCAGACUUCCCGACGAAGUUUACAUGGCAUGAAAAAGGGGAUGUUAAGGAAUGGAGGCCACGUAAAAAUGGUUUGGUUAUUGGUCGGUUAUAUUUUGUAAAUCCAAAUGAAGGAGAAAGUAAGUGGAUUCUUGAUAUGGGUGUUGGUCGGCUUCCUACUUGUACAGUUGAAGGUGACGACGAUGGUACAUGGAUCACUAUACCUGAUGAUCUUCUUAUUCCCGUUGUUGAUAAUCCUAUUGAUGUUGUUACAUCCAUUGUAUUCCCAGAUAUUUUGAGUUUAGUUAACGACAUCUCUUACAUAAAGGAACGAUGCAUUCUUUGCCCGACAAACGAUGAUGUUGACAUGAUCAAUUUACAUGUGCUUUGUAAGAUGUCCGGUGACAUGCAUGAAAUGUUAAGUGCUGAUGAGAUUUGUCGAAGUACUGAUAAUUUUGCCGAAUUGGAAAUUAUGUAUUCUUCAGAAUUUCUUAACACGUUGUGGUUUUCAGGAAUUCCAUACCAUAAGUUAAACUUAAAGGUUGGUGCACCAAUCAUUUUGUUACGUAACUUAAAUUUGCAAAGAGACCAUUACAAUUUUGCACCACAAUAUGUGCGUCGUUUCACGGUUACUAAAUACCACGGUGCAACUUGUAAAAUUCCAAACCAAGAAAAGACCUUGCCUAGAAAUGAGGUCAUUUCUCAGUUGCAAACAACUGUUGUCGAAUCAUUGUUGUCUCCAUCAUCUGCAUCAACGGAUGACUUACGUAAUGUCAAAGAUGAGGGUUUCAGUGCUUCUAUUUCAGAAUUAAAUCAUACGGAAUAUAAAGAUGAUGAUGUUGGUUUAUUUCCAAUUCAUACAAAUGUUGUUGAAUCAGUAUCACCUAAAUCAGCAACAUCAACAGUCAUUUGUGAUAAUCAUCAGGUUGAUGUUUCUGACAAGCUCAUUUAUAAGGAUGCUUCUGGUAAUAUGAAAGAUGAUACUACUGUGGCACCUGGUAGUAUGAGGUUGCUUCUUAUAGUAAUGAAAAUGAUGGUGUUACAAAAUGUGUAUCUCAGGAAAAGGAUGUGGAAGAUAGUGACAGAUGUGACAAUGUUGGUGAUGAUACUAUUGAAGAUGAUGUUUCUAAGACACGUAUCUCCAUAUGUGGUUUAUAAGAUGGUUGGUGAUGAUACUAUUGUAGAUGAUAUUUUUAAGACACCUAUCUCCAUAUGUGGUUUACAAGAAUGUGGAGAAAGUGAAGAUGCUUAUGCUGUUAUUGACACUGAUUCUUCUGAAAAAUCGUUUAUCGGAUCCUCAAUAACACCAAUGAAGCGUCGACUUCCACGAUUGUGUGAGGAGUCUUCGGAAGAUGAUAUUGUUAGUUGA